UCUGGGACUGUUGUUGUUCUCUCGGCGCACGCCCGCCUCAGUCAGAUCACCCAGAGACCCAGACCUGGUCCGCUGGGGCGCGGGCGGCGGUAUCCGCCCUUUCUCUGGGUUCUCUGGAGCUACGACAGGAGGUGGCACUCACACGCUGCAGCUGGUCUCCGAUGCCCUUCAGUGAGGAGGGGGAGUCCGGACCCUGGUGAGCACAUCCAGGUUCCCAGUUGGGUGUCUUGGCCGGCCGCUCAGGCCCGCAUAUCUACGUCUCGCUGACAUGGCUGAAAACGCAGAGGGAGACCUGAACUCCAACCUGCUCCACGCCCCCUACCGCACCGGCGACCCUCAGCUAGACACUGCUAUCGCGCAGUGGCUUCGUUGGGACAAGAAUCCUAAAACAAAAGAGCAGAUUGAAAAUCUUUUACGGAAUGGGAUGAAUAAGGAGUUGCGAGAUCGUCUUUGCUGCCGAAUGACUUUUGGGACUGCAGGACUUCGUUCUGCUAUGGGGGCAGGAUUUUGCUAUAUUAAUGACCUUACAGUAAUACAAUCAACACAGGGGAUGUACAAAUACCUUGAGAGAUGUUUCUCAGACUUCAAGCAGAGAGGCUUUGUUGUUGGAUAUGACACUCGGGGUCAAGUAACUAGCAGCUGUAGCAGCCAGAGGCUUGCUAAACUCACUGCUGCAGUCUUGUUGGCUAAAGAUGUUCCUGUGUACCUUUUUUCAAGAUAUGUUCCUACACCUUUUGUACCAUAUGCAGUCCAGGAGCUCAAAGCAGUUGCUGGUGUGAUGAUUACUGCAUCUCACAACCGCAAGGAAGACAAUGGAUACAAGGUUUAUUGGGAAACUGGUGCUCAAAUCACAUCUCCUCAUGAUAAAGAAAUUCUGAAAUGUAUAGAAGAAUGUGUUGAACCCUGGAAUGGUUCCUGGAAUGAUAAUUUAGUGGACACUAGUCCACUGAAGAAAGAUCCUCUACAGGACAUUUGCAAGAGAUACAUGGAAGAUCUGAAAAAGAUCUGUUUUUACAGGGAAUUAAACUCAAAGACCACCUUGAAAUUUGUGCAUACAUCCUUUCAUGGUGUUGGACAUGACUAUGUGCAGUUGGCUUUUCAAGUGUUUGGUUUUAAGCCUCCAAUUCCAGUACCAGAACAAAAAGAUCCCGAUCCAGACUUUUCUACUGUUAAAUGCCCAAAUCCUGAAGAAGGAGAAUCUGUACUGGAACUUUCUCUGAGACUGGCAGAAAGAGAAAAUGCCCGGAUAGUGCUAGCCACAGAUCCUGAUGCAGACCGACUGGCAGUGGCAGAACUUCAGGAGAAUGCUGAUGUGAAGAAUGUUUAUAUGUUAGCCACUACUGUCUCUUCUAAAAUUUUGAAGGCAAUUGCACUUGAAGAAGGAUUUCAUUUUGAAGAAACGUUACCAGGUUUUAAAUGGAUUGGAAGUAGGAUAAAAGAUCUCCUGGAAAAUGGCAAAGAAGUCCUUUUUGCAUUUGAAGAGUCUAUUGAAUAUCCAAAAUUUUGUGGAACAUUUGCUAUAUUGCACAUACGGGAUGUUACCACUGGAUAUGACAGCAGCCAGCCUAAUAAAAAAUCAGUGCUGCCUGUGAGUAAAAACAGUCAAAUGAUUACUUUUACUUUUCAAAAUGGAUGUGUUGCUACUCUUCGGACAAGCGGGACAGAACCAAAAAUAAAGUAUUAUGCAGAGAUGUGUGCUUCACCUGACCAGAGUGAUACUGCGUUGCUAGAAGAAGAAUUGAAGAAACUCAUUGAAGCUCUAAUAGAGAAUUUUCUUGAGCCUAGUAAGAACGGACUGAUCUGGCGUUCUGUGUAGGGCACCUCGGCAUGUCAUGACUUUGCACUGGCAUAUGGAACAGACAACCCAAGACUCCAUGUGUUGAACCUCGUGUCAGCCUUCUCUUUCUCAUCUGGCCAAGUAUCUUUUUUCUUUUUUUUUCUUCUUUUCUUUUUCAUUUGUUCAGCUGACUAAAUGAAAAGUAUCAAUUUGAAAGUAAAAUGUCUGGAGGGAAAUGAAAUUCAAGUUUUUCAUAAUCUUGAAUGAAAAUCAUAACAUUAAAAUAUUAUAGUGAUAUAUCAUUACUGUUUAAAACUAAUAUUGUGCUGACUUUAAAGCAAAACAUAACAAUAUAAAAGUGAGUUUUCUUAUUGUAGUGUGAUUAAGCUUAGUUCUGUAUCUUGUAACUGUGUAUAGCAUGGUUUAAAAAAUGGGGUAAAUAGAUAAAUGUUAUGUAAUUACACUGGUAGCUAAGGUAAUUAAUUACUAAAAUUGGCAAGAAAAUAAUACUCUUCCUGGAGCAUUAUGGAAAAGUGUCAUUGUUGUAUCAUGAGUAUUAACUUACAAAUUAGAGUAUUUGAAAUAGGGUAUUUAGUACUUCUAGUUUAGGACAGAUAUUAAGAUAUGUGGGUUUGCACCUCUGCUUCAGGUGCCCUUUUGGUGCAGUGUAAAUUUACUGUAUGUAUUAAAAACUUUGAUGUUUACUAAACAUAGAACAAUAGUGGCAACACUCCUAGUGGCUUUGUUCUUGUCAAAUUUCUCAGUGCCUUCUCAAGAGAAUGGUAUGAACUCAAACAAUGUUCCUGCAUUGAAUAUCAUUUUAUCAGUCAAUUUUCAGAUAGUUAAGAAAAAAAUCUUCCAAACUUUAUGGGUGCUUCCUCUAUAUCAAAUGGGUUUGUUGAUUUCAAAAAUCCUAUGAUUGUCAAAGACGGUCUUUUUUUUUUUUUUUCGGUGUUGGUGGUUGGGGAGGUGCUGGGGAUAGAACCCAGGGUCUUGUGCAUGCAAGGCAAACAAUCUGCCAACUUAGCUAUACUCCCAGCCCUAUCAGAGAAGGUCUUAAUAAAAGAAGGCUUAAUAUAACUAUAGUCAAGAGUUUUCAAGUUAGAAUUACAUAAGUUAUCUUAAUCUUUAGGUAAAGGAAAAAAAGGGGAACUAUAAAUGAGCUCUCAGUUUGACAGUCCAACAUUUGAAUCACCUAUUUGUAAGUAAAUUUAUUCUUUAGCUGAUGAAAUAAUGUUAAUUUUACUAAAAAAAUAAAGCACCCAGAUUUUAAGUAUUAAUGAAACCCUAAAAUUACUGUUUAAAACUAACAUCAUGCUGACUUCUAGGGAAUUUAUCUUUUUUAAUAUGGAAAACAGUUGUUUAGGAAAGUCAUUUUUGGUUGAUUCUACAAUCUUCUGAAAAGAUUCAGUGCAGAAAUAGUUUAAUAUUCUUAAGAUGUAUUUUCUCUUGUACAGUUUGCAGAAUACAAAUGGCAUAAUUAGGAGGUAAGAAUAACAAGGCCUUGGGUGUAAUCACCUAAACAGGUUGACUAUGGGAGAUAGCACUGAUAUUAGAGAAAUUAUUUCCUAAACAUAAUAAUGACAAAGAUAUAAAGUUUGAACUGAUUAGAAUGUCAUGGUUUGGUUUGUUACAGCUAUAAACUAACUUUUGAACUGAUAUAAUCCAAACAUAACUUUUAAAUUAUUGUAUUGCCACUAUUGUUAAUUUGUUCCUUCCUUGCUUUCUUAUAGUUGGAUCUUGUAUGACUCUAGGUAAUAGACAGGUAACUAUAUGUAGAGCACCAUUUUAUGAAUGAGUUUGUGUAGAAUUUUUAUUUAAAAAUGUUUAAAACAUUUUUUGUUUUAUUGGCUUUUAGUAAUGUAGACUGUAACUUAGGAAAUGGCAUAUAUUCUACAAAGUAUGAACAAUGUUUUAUAUAUAUAUAUAUGAAAAACAUGUAUAUUUGGUUUUGGUAUCUGUGUUUCAGAGAUUGUCAUAAAAUAUUUGAAAUGAAUUUAAAGUGAUACACCAACCCAUUCAGAACCACUAAAGCCAUGUCAUGAUUGUCCUUUUAUGAAGAAAAUAGUUUCAUUUUCUUGCUUUAAUAUAAAGUAACAUGUAAGUCAUCUUAAGGUGAAAAGUCAUUGAAGCUUGGAUUCUCAUCUCAAAAUUCUAAAUCUAAAGUUAAAAUUAACAAAAUUUUAUAAAGGUUCCUGAAUUAUAUAGAUCUAAGGAACUAUCUGAUUCUGUCCACACUCUUGAGUCUGUCUGAGCAUGAUAUUAACAUGAAUGUGACAUUGUUCACCUUGCCUAACAGGAUACGUUCAGAGACCUCCCAAGAGACAGAAAUGCAGGCCUGGGGUCUCAGCCUUGGGCCAUUUUUUUUUAAAUAUCGUGGAAAUACGUAUAAUCUCAUUCUGCGCAUAAAUCAAAACUGGUAUUUUCUGAAGCUUUGGGGAAAAGAAAAGAAGUAGGACAAGAUCAAAGCAUAAAUUAGAAAUAAAAAUUAAACAAUAUAAAGGGCAAUAAGACAGCACAUAAAAUGCUUCUUAUGAAAGACAAACCUAACACCAUAAAGGUAGAAAAUAAAGUGUGUAUAAGGUUGUUUACUUGUGUUUAUUUGUUGUUAUGAUGAGCAGGCAGUGAACCUAUUGUUUACUUUUAUUAUUCAAGUUUUGGGAGCUGGGAAAAAGUAUCCCUAUUAUGGAAUCAGUUCCUGCUAGGUAUUGUAUCAGAAUCAUGGGAGAACUUGGGAGGAGACAGAGCAAAAAUAAAAAAGAGUAAACUACAGAAAAAAUUCAAAUUCUGCCUGGAUACAUUUAAUUUUUAUACAAAUAAGACUUUUAAGAAAAAGUUCAAGAAUUUAGGUUCAUUUAAUUCUAGAGAAAAGAAAGCCAUUGAGAUCAUUUACACUAAGUUAUUAAUCAUUAAUCAAUGUUUUUGUUGAAGGACUCAAAAUAAGAAGUACUAUUGCUAUACCAUUUUCCAUCUCUAGUGAGGAUAGACCAGAGGGAAUUUGGGAUUAAAAAAAAAAAUAGGCAGCAGAAAAUGUUUAAGAACUUUGGCAGAGAUUGUCAUAAAAAUCUAUUCUUUUAAGGAAAUAGUUUUUAAAAAAUAUUAAGGGAUACUAAAUGACUUUUGAAGGUUCCUUCUUUCCAGCACAUUUUUUUUCAAAUUCAGGUUGGAACAAAAAUGAUGUUGUAAAGAACACUAACAGUAUCAUUUGGGUUUCACUCCACAUCUAGACAGCUUUAGCUCAAAAGACAUUUUUUGUGUGUUUUAAAUAGGAUAUGCGUGAAUGCAUUGAAUAAAGACCUGCUUGGAUGUUAUUUUUAAUUUGACCUCGCAAAUCAAUUGAGACUUGAACACAAGUGUGUUCAUGUUGAAGAAUGUAUAGUGUUAUAGGAUAUUUGAGGUUUUUGCUUUAAAUAUAAAAUAUUGAUAUUUAGAUGUACAAACUUCCACAGAGAGGAUCUGAGAGAUUGAACAUUUAGGAGAAUAGAUCUUCCAUUUCUUAAGCAGGAUGCUUCUGAAAUUGAUGCAACAGAAUGUUAGCUGGAGGAUGAUGGGAAAAUUGUUCUAUGAACUGCUGAUAUUGUUGUGGUUUUUAAAGUUGUAUUCCACUGGUGUUUGUAAUGCUUGAAAAAUCCAAAUUUCUCUUGGAUACAUUUAAUUUUAUGCCUUUUUCUCUCUACCUCCCUCUUUUGCCACACACACUCGUCUACAUUUUGUUACUGUGAAAAGCUUUCGCCCUAUUACCUCACUGAUAAGAAAUUUAACUGUUUUCAUUCAGAGUGCUUUAAACUUAUUCAUAAACUGUUUAUGAACUUUUAAAAUUUUGUUACUAUUAUAAAAAUAUUUAAGAUUUCUUAUAAGAAGUAAUUUUAAAUCUAUUUCAUAGCCUGUUUUAGUCUGUCUGGAUACUACUAUAUGUUAAUUUAUUAUAGCUUUUUACAAUUCACUUGUUUUCUGAGCUUACUCUAGAAACUGAUGAGGAAGUAGUCAUUCUAACGAAAAUGGUCACUUAUUCUAGAAUUUCAUUUGAGAUUUCCUUGUAUUUUGGGCAGCCAAAGUGCACAAUUUGAGGAAAUCUUUCUUAUAUUUGUCUCUCAAAGCAUUUUACCAUUAAUCAUAAGUCUAAAUAAAAAGAAGAGGCUGGUUCAUUGUUUGACUCUACAAAGCAUGACUUUAGUUCCAUUUGGAAACAUAGUUAAUGUUGAUUAUUGGUUAUUUUUAAAUAUUCACAUACUAUUACAUUCACUAAGAUAUCUUUCCUCUUGGUUAAGUCAAGACUUUGUACUUAAAGAAGAGAACCUACAAGAAUGAAUAAAGUGGCCAAUAUAUGGGGCAAAGGGACAUCUAGAGUUUGCUUCUCAGUUUUUUUUCACCAGCAGAACCCUAAAUCAGAGGAGCAUGAAGGAAGGGGAAGGAGGCCUGAGAGCAAAAUCGGAAGCAGCCUACCACUGAUGAUGAAAUUUCGUGUUCUGGCUUUAAUUUUGCCUUCUCCUAAUAAAACUAUUUAAUAUAAAAGUGAAAUCUUCAAUCUUGAAUGAAACUGGUAUACCAGAAAGGAGCACCGUGUUUAUCACAUGGCCUCUCAAUUUUCUCCCUCAUUGCCCCCACGCCCAAUUGCUGCAUAUCCCAGUACACAAUUGACUCUAGUGUGAGAAACAUAAGCAUAAAACAUAUCUAGGAUAUUCCCUUCCCUUUAGAAGCUGACCUCCUAAAAUAUUAACCCCUAGUUAACUAACCUGCAACAUUUAUGUUAUAUUUGAACCUUACAAGAUAGUCUGAGGUGUUGGCCUGUUUGUUCUCUUCAAUUCCUUGGCAUUCCUUGAUGAAGAAGGAGCACCCACCUGUCAGCUCACUUUUCCUAUCCACACUACCUACCUAAGUUCAGUAACUAAACAAUAUUAUUUUAAAGACAUGAAUAGUUUUAAAAAGUAAUUAAAAUUUUGACUUUCUAAUUCAGUUUUUAAUGACUCUCAUUACUGAAAUUUAUAAUAAGUGAUAUUUACUAAGAAUGCACACCCUUAAAUACUCAGCUUCUUUUGAGAGAGCAGAGCAUUUUUCUAUGUGGAAAUUGUAUAUAAUGUUAGCACUUUACAUCAAAAGCAAGGUGUUGACCAGGAAGGCUCAGAAUGUAUCUCUGUAGGCUUAAUAUCACUAGUCUAAUAAAGCACCAUUUUGAGCCUAUUAGUACUACCUUCCAAAUGUGUCACGACUAAUUUGGUACUAUUUGGUAUAUAUUUGUCCAGCGUUAUGAUUCAUCAUGUGCCACUCAGGCAAGAAUCUGCAUCUAUGUAUGGUGAGGUCUUGUUAUAGGUUAGAAUAAACUCGUGGUAUACAUCAUUGAAAAUACCAGGUAAAAUAUGUACAGUUAAGAAUGAAUUAUUUUUCUGACUAAGUAUGUAGAAGUAGUUCAAAAUUGUGCCCUUAUUUUAACAAUUUCUGUCAACAUCUCAUUUUCCCCAACAAAAUACCAGGGUGUAUUAUAAAUACUGCCUAUGAGAAUUUGCACUUUCUGUAUUUGUGUAUGGAUUUCUUGUGGUUUUAGCCAAAUAAAGUGUUAUCAGUAAUA